CACUUCCUUUAUCAUCACCCUCUCCUUCCUGAUUGCCUCUGUGAGAGAGAGAGAUGGUAGAGAGACAUUCACUGCUCAUUGCUCUCACUGUGUAGUAAAGCUCCAUUAAGCUGCUGCUGCACAGCCACCUGCGGGCACCACACACACACGCGCGCGCGCGCGCACAAACAUGCGCGUGUACGCGUGCACGUGUGCGUAAUCUUCCACCUUUCAGCUUUACAUUUUUACCUGCAGUGGACAUCACGCACUGUCAGGCGUGCACGCGCACCCCUAGCCGCGCACGCUCGCGCAUGCACGCCCGCAGCAGCAGCAGCACCGAGGGAGCGAUCAAUACACUCAGAGCCCGGAGAGGAUUUUUACCGGAGCGGAGAAGUGAGGCGUCGCGCGGGGCUGGGAGAACCGGAGGACCGCGGCAGGAACUAUGAAGGUAACGGAGCAGCGGGGUCCCGGUCUGCUGUUCCCGGUUCUGUGGCACGAGGCACCGGGUUCGUCGGAGUGAUUUCUCUCCUGCAGCUCGGCCACCAUGUCUAAAGCGACGGUGAAGAAGCUGCACUGGCGCUCCAAGGUCCAGGAGAGCUUCGUCCCGCUAGGCGGCGGCUCCGGAGAGCUGGGUCUGGCCAUCGGGGGCGGGGCCGACUACGGCGAGUUCCCAUUCGUCACCGCGGCCCAUGGGGGCGGGGCCACUGUGAGCGACAUCAUCUUAGAGAUAGGGGGGACGCCCGUCUUAGGGAUGACCCUCGGUGAUGUCAGAGGAGUCCUCAACUCCUGUCCUCAUCCAAUCAGAAUCAAGACUGUGUCUCCAGGUUCGUCCCUCUGUAAGGACCUCAGGUUGUACCUCAGUAAGUGUUUCACUCCAGGCUCCAUGGACAGUCAGCUGCAGCAGCUCAUUAGAGAGAACCUGUACCUGCGGGCUGUACCCUGUACAACCAGGCAGCCUCGGGACGGGGAGAUUUCAGGUGUGGACUACAACUUUGUGUCCAUCGAGGAGUUUUUCUCUCUGGAGGAGUCUGGAGCUCUGCUGGAGAGCGGCAAGUUCAAAGGGAACUACUAUGGAACGCCCCGCCCAGUACACAUCGGUCCAGAGAGUCCACCAAUCACGUACCAGGAACAUCGAAACCUGCUGAGGAACUUCAGGACGAGGAGCAAAUCUCUGAGUAACCUGGAGAAAGCUGUGGAGGAAGGAGACAACAGCGAGGAGGACAGCGGACUGUCGGCGGGUUCAGCCGGAGCCCCGCCCACCACCCUGCCUCUCAGCCAAUCGUGGGAGUCGGCGGUGGGGAGUCGGGAGGGAAUAGAGAACGGAGGAGGAGGAAGAGGAGUAGGGAGAGGAAGAGGAGGAGGAGGAGGAGGAGGAGGAGGAGGUCCACUGCCUGAAAACUGGGAGCUGGCGUUCAGUGAUUCAGGAGAGCCGUACUACAUUGAUCAUAACUCAAAGACGACCAGCUGGCUGGAUCCUCGAACUCAGAACAAAGAGACGACUUCCUGUACAGAACUCCCAGAGUUCACCGAGCAGCCCGGUCAGCUGAAGGGUUACUCCAUCCACACUCGGCUGUCUAAAGGUCCUCGAGGUUUCGGCUUCAACAUCGUCGGAGGAAGUCGACCCAGAGAGUUUCUACAGGUGUACAGUGUCACACCUGGAGGACCGCCAGCACUAAACACAGCGGACAUCCUGGUCUACAUCAACGACAGCUGUGUGUUGGGCCGCUCUCAUAAAGAGGUGGUGGAGAUGCUGAAGUCAGUGCCGAUGGGUCAGAGUGUAGACGUGGUGCUGAGGAGAGGAUACCCGAUGCUUUAUAACCCCGAUGGAUGUCCCAAACAGAGUCUGGAGACGCCACAGACUCCCAGCGAGCCCUCCAACUCCCCCAAUGUGAACCGUGGCCUGACACACCUCACCUACAGCCGAACGCUGGACGCCAACGGCAGCACACCAGGACUAGGCCAAACCCCGCCCUCCUACGCUGCUCUGCCAAUGAUGAACGGGCUGACAGGCCCGCCGACGCCCACUUCCUCUGACCCCCCACUGGGGCCACCACCCCCUCCAGAGAGGACAGCAGCCAAUCACAGUGACUCUGAUGGCGGCCUGUCCAACGGAACACGGAGGUCUUCUCUCAUUCGCUACAACAGCAGCACUCUCCCUGCCCUCUCCUCCUCCACCCUCCUCCACCAGCAGAGCUCCAAGUCUUCAGAGAGCGACCUGUCUACGUCGACACUCCCCAUCUCCUCUUCAACGUUACCCAUCACCUCCUCGUCCUCCCACACUCUGUCCAAACUGCCCCUCUCUCAGCCAGAGACGGGCCUCCUCCAAAACUCCACCAGCCCCACAACGGCUAACAACCCCACCUCCUCCUCCACACCUCCUGGCGCUCCUUUGCAGCGCCCGCUGAUGCCCCAGACUUCCCUCGCCCUGACCCCACCCAGAGACGUCCCACCCUGUGGCUUUAACGGCUGUCCAGCCAAUCACCAAGCGCCCUCCCCAGCCUCUCGAGGAAACCCAGGGCUGGUUCUCCCCCUCGGGGCAGGGUCGCCUGGGUCAGCUCCCAGUGGGGAGCUUGUGCCAGUGGCCCUCGGGCGCAGUGAGAGUGGGGGGUUGGGAUUCAGCGUAACGGCAGGUGGGCAAGGAGGUCAGCUGGCAGUGGUGAGGCGGGUCUGGGAUCGAAGGCACUGCCCCUCGCUGCAGCCGGGGGACGCUAUAGUAAAGAUCAAUGGAGCAGACGUACAGAGCCUCAGCUUCUCCCAGGUCCAGAGAGUCCUGCAAGAACACACCAAACAGGGAGAGGUGGUGCUACUGGUCUACAGAGGAGGUCCCAUCUCUUCCCCAGUUGUCACCCCCAACCUCUACAAGCCCCUCCCCUCCCCACACAGCCUGGCCACCUCCUCUUCCUCCCAACCCCUGACUUUAGCCAACUUGCCUUCCCCGUCCACGGGUGCCUUGGUGGGGGAUGUCCCCCCACUCAACCAGGCCGGCUUGGCUCUGGAGAGUCCCCAGGAGGGACACCUACCAGCCCCAGGGACCCACCAAGGGGCCCCUCCUGCCCAGACGCCUAACGGGCCCCCAGCCUCAGCCCUCAUCCAGAGCACCAGCUUCCUGGACUCAGUUCCUGUGACACUGACCUUAGAGCCACGUGAUUUGCUGGGAGUCGAGGAGAGCGCCGGUGGGCCUCCUCCCAUCAGAGGGGGAGGUGGGGGAGGAGAACUGGGAGCAGUGGCCAAGGAAGGAAGAGGAGGAGGAAAGACAGUGGAGGUGGAGCUGAGGAGGCGGCCGGGAGAAGGCUUUGGAUUUGUCAUUGCCUCUCAGGAAGUGACCAGUGGGGCCCCCUCCCUGAUGUCUCACCGGUUCGUGACGGUGCGGCGCGGCAGCCCGGCGGCUCGCAGCGGGCAGAUUCAGCCCGGAGACCAGCUGGAGGCGGUGGAGGGCCGAGGGGUCGGAGGUCUGCAGCACCGAGACCUCGCCCAGAUCCUGAGGAGGGCCGGGAACACUCUGAGGCUGAGCAUCACACCCAGACACCACUCGUCCUCUCUGUCAGAAGGAGCAGACCUGGAUAUUGACGGCCGGUUGAUGAAAGGAUCCAGACGGAGGUCAAAGGACGAGUCGAGGUUCUACAGCGUGGAUCUGGAACGGGGGCCUACAGGUUUUGGUUUCUCUCUGAGGGGGGGCAGCGAGUACAACAUGGGACUGUACGUACUGGGACUGAUGGAGGGGGGGCCGGCCCAACGCAGCAACAAGAUACAGGUGUCGGACCAGCUGGUGGAGAUAAACGGAGACAGCACGUCGGGGAUGACUCACAGUCAGGCUGUGGAGCAGAUCAGGAGAGGAGGACAUCGAAUCCACCUCGUCCUCAAGAAAGGAAACGGAUACGUGCCCGACUACGGCCCUGAGGAAGGAGCCCUCUCCCCCUCCUCCUCUUCACACACAGAGGAGCGAGAUGUGGACACAGUAACCAUGACAACCGCCUCCCUCAGCCAGCAGAGGGGAGGAGGUGGUGGUACAGGAGGAGGAGAAGGAGGAGGAGAGAAGAGGAGGACGAGGAGAGAGGGAGAAACCAAACGAAGACCAGGAGGAGGAGGAGGAGGAGGGUUAGGGCCUCCUGAUCUGGACCUGGACCUGGUGGAGGAGGAGGCACGGGAGGAGGAGGAGGAGAGGAGGAGGAGGGAGGAGGAGGAGAGGAGGAGAAGAAGUCAGACUGUCAGGCAGAAGGAGAAACGGGACGACCAGAGGCAGCAGGGCAGGAGGAGUAGGAGCUUACCCAGGACAAGUGCUCGAUUCUGGGACACGUUGCAGCUGGAGGAGAGGGUGGAGGUGGAGGAGCCUGGAGGUGGAGUGAAGGAGAGGAGGAGGAGCGAGACAAAGAGCAGGAGGAGGGCGACAGAGGCCGGCAGAGAGCAGAAUGAGAGGGGAGAGGGGAGGGGGGAGAGAGACAACAGCACCACCCGCCACGCAAAGCAUUCUGGGAGCUCAGCUGUACCUCAGGGGGCGGCGUUCUCCUUCCUCAUGCCGAUGGACGAAGACGACGAGCGCCAGCGUCUGUCUGACAGCGAAUCGGCAGCCAGCUUCUCAGAGGUCAGCCUAUCAGCAGCCAGCAUCGCCACCGCCGGGUGGAGGGAGGAUUCUGAUUGGAGAGCCGAGUCGCCAUGGCACCUGGGGAACGCCCCGGGCCCCUGGCUGAAGCCGAGCCCGCAGAAACUGACGCAGGUUCUGACUGGCAGUCGGCUCAGUGGGCGGGGAUUAGUGGGCGGGCUCUCUCUCUGAUUGGCUCACAGCGAGACGUUCUCUUUUUUUUUAUUGGCUACUCAUAAGGGCUUUUUUAAUUGGCCUGCUGAGAGAAGACCCGCCUCUGCCUGCGUCUUAUUGGAUGACAGCAGACAAUCCAGUUUCUGAUUGGAGGAUGAGAAGCAAGCAGACAAGGGCUUGUUUUUGAUUGGCUGGUGGGUGGGUUUUGAGGCCUCUGAUUGGUCAAUGAUAUAACAGCUGCACACAGAGCCGCCUAAUUAACCAACGAUUUUACUUUUAUUUUACCCAUCAUCCCUCAGUGCAUCCUGAGACCGGUAUCACGAUUACUGCGUUACCCAGCUGUCUUUGGGCUCAACUCAGACUUUCUGGUAUCGCGACGCCGGUGCGCUUUAACCGGGGCAGAUCGCCAUGGCAACAGAUGCUAACCUUCUGCGGAGCAAGUUAACUUCAGACAGCCCGACUACUGACCAAUCAGGUCGCUGGACAGGAUCCUGACGGGGAUCAAAAUAAUAACGAGCAACAGAUAUUUUCACAGGCCUGAUCUGCAGCCCAGAGAACAAGAUAACGACUGGAAAUCUCACCUUUUCUUAGAACAAAUAAUACAUUCAUGGAUUAUUAAUGGAUAAUCCAUGUAUUGUCCAUGAUUAAAAGGGCCCACAUGUAACCAAACAUAUUUACAGCCUCACUAACAGUAUCUGGAUAUUAUUACUACUCGGGGAUUAAAGCUGAAUAUCUCACAGGACAGCUUGAUGUCCCUCUUCGGUAGCUCGACUGCGGCGACACAGGAAGUGAACCGAGCCAGCCGGUGACCAGCUUCAUGAUACCGGUAAUCGGGAUCACGGAUGCGGGACGGAUGCGGGUCCUGGUCCUCUCCGUUUGAGAAACCAUCUUCAUCUUUCCAACUUUAAACUCGUAUGCAAACAACAUGAGAACCUUUCGGCCCCGUCGCCGGGAGACUGAAGCGCUCACCUCACUGAAGGCGCUGUUUUGUGAUGCUGUGUAAUCUGAGCAUGUGAAUAUCACUGGAAUGAUUUUUUAUUUUUAUAAGCUGAACAUGUAAAGGCUCGAUGACUUAUUAUUAUUAUUAUUAUUAUUAUUAGAGAUUAAAUAGACCAGAGAUGAUCUGAUUUGCCUGCUUGCUUGUAAAAAAGGAAAAAAAAAGACUUCGCCCUGAUGAUGUAACAGAGCCAUACACACACACACACACACACACACACACACACAGUCCUGUUGGCUGUCAAUAACCAUAACAUCGCCACGGCAACUCGGCCGACAGGAUGACCUGUUUCUAUAGCAACGGCCAUGGUGGAGCAGGACUCUGCGGCCAACAUGGCCGACGACCUGCAGCUCUGGAUCAUAAGUGCCUCAUUUUCUUUCAGCCUUCGUCCUGCAGACUCACGCCGAGGCUGCAGGCAGAGACGCCGCCACGACGCCCCCCCACUUCCUGUCCAACCCCACUACGUCCUGUCUCGUCGCGUCAAACGCCAAGACCUUUCAUACAGCACCGCGUCCCCCCACGUCCCCCCACCUGAGCUGUUCUGACAGCUUGUUUCCAAAAUCAGUUCUCGGUCGUAUCAUCACAUCGUCACACGUGAGAAGCUGGAACCAGAACAAGGACUAAAACGAUUAUUCGGUUUUCAAAGUAGCUGCCGAUUCAUUUCCUGUCGACUGAUUAAUCGCUGCAGCUCCAGGACGUUUUAGGUUUCUGUUCUUCAGCAGACGUCCCGAUACAGACGGGAGCAUAUCUGAAUGGACCGGUACCGGCUAAAAUAACGCUGAUCAAAAUCCGAUCCUGUCUUUCUUGAACUCUGCUGUGUCUGUCCACCGCAGCCUGCUGGUGUCGCAGCGCUGCUGUCCUACCCUGCGGCAUUUCACCGCACAUGUUCCGACACCGACGUUAGAUACAAAGCUAAUUAUCACCAUCGAGCGUCAGAGCAGGAAACCUUCAGGAAGCAGCUGCUCGUGUCCGAAUCGGGAAUCGGGGUAGGUAGAAUCAGGUAGAAUCUGGGCCUUCAGUGUUCGGAUCGACGGCUCGUGAAGAACAAGGUGUCAGGUUUAGUGUCUGCAGCUGUUAUUUUGACGUGUCAGACAUCUUUAAUCAGCAUGAAGGUAAAUAUCAGACGGGACUCAGAAUCAGCAGAUGAUCAAUAUUACAGGACUCUGAUCGGGGCGGGAAAGCUGGACGGGGACGUCCCUGUGCAUUACUGUAGUUUUAAUAUCGUAAGACACCAGAUUGGUUCCUGUUAAUACACUCAAAUUUGUGUAAAGCUGUUAAAAUCCUGACGAUGAUGAACACACACACACAGUCCGAACCCCCUCAUCCAUCUAUCACAUCAUGUUGUGAUGUUUUCUAAGGCGUCUGUCUGCAUUCACACCCUCUGCAGUUACACUACAACUCCCACACACCCUUGCGCUGCCCUUUAGCCCCGCCCCUCAGCUGGCUCUCUCUAAGGGCAUUUGGAUCUUUGUCUUCUAUGCAUUUUCUAAGACUGUCCGCUGGUGAUCGAUUCUCUGAUCAGUUCAGAUCAGCAGCUGAUCGGAGGAUCAUCAGAGCCUGGACUCUGCUUCUAAUCAUGGGUCUGAAUAUUCAGGUUCUGGUCCAAAGACGACCAGGAAGCACCGAGGUCUGAACAGGAUUCAACAGUUUCAUCAUCAGAACAUCAUGGAGGAACAUCUUGACUGAACUGUCUGUUGCUUUAAUAAAGUUACCGCAGUCGACUGUAAACACACAGCUGACUGAAGCAGCUUGAUGUGGUCUGUCAGUGUAUAUAUAUAUAUAUAUAUAUAUAUAUAUAUAUAUAUAUAUAUAUAUAUAUGCAUACUGUGUCUGUCUCAUUAGCUCCAGUCUGACUUCUAAACGCUCUGAGCUGGACACAAGUCAGCUGAGUGACCCUGAGCUAACUGUUAGCUCGCUAACUAGCCGGCAGCCUCAUUUAACAAACAAGCUAAUGUUAGAAUAGUUAGUUUGGGAAGAUACAGUUAUUCACUUUUAAGAGUCAAGUGAGAAGAUUGAUAUUGUUUUCAUGUCUGUGUGUUAAAGUACAGAGCUGGAGUCAGGACAUGGUUAGCCUAGCUUAGCAUAUAAACUGAAAACAGGGAGAAACAGCUAGCCUGGCUUUGUCCAAAGUUCAAAUAUACUACCAACACAUCUAAAGCUCACUGAGUAACAUGAACUCAAACAGAAAUGCAAAAACUACAGUUUGUGGUUUUAGGGAGAGUUAUAUGCUGGAACUAUUUCUUGGGCUAGCUGUUUCCCCCUGCUUCCAGUCUUUAUGCUAAGCUAGGCUAACCACAUCCUGACUCAAACUCUAACACAUGGAGAUGAGACUGAUAUCCAUCUGAACAUCUCACUCUCUGAAAAAAAGGGGAUAAAACAAUUUCCCAAAGUGUUGAACUAUUCCUUUAAUAUGCAAACGUUAGCUUCUACUAGCUGUGUUAGCUGUGAUUUUGUUCUUCUUGACCAAAGUGAGACUUUCUGUCACAGUUAGAGACCUCCACUGCACUUUACUCACCUCCUGCAACUCACAUUUACAAUUAAAAACACUCACUGAUUAAACUGAAGCCAAAUGACAAAAUUUUAAAUGGAGCAGAUUAUAAAAACAUAGCUAAUUAUCAAGUAUGAGAGCAGGUUCAUUCUCAAUAACAGAAGGUUAUGCUAACAUAAGCUAGCAAGCUACAUAAUUUUAGCUCAUCAUGUGGAAAAUAUUUUUCUGAUGGUUCAAACUUACAGGAUUUUCAUUCCUCAGACUUUUAGCUAGCAAGCUGAUUCAUACGGACCCAAAUCCAUACAAAAGUAUAAUUACACCGAGUGUGUAGAAUUACUGCAUUUCUGAUUGUUGGACUCUUCACCAACGAUGCAACGUUUGACUUUAACAACUGUGUUUUUACAGUUUGAGUCCAUCUGUAACUUCUUCAUCUUUGUCCAAACCAGUUAUCAGUAGACAAUUAGAAAUCUUCAGGUUCAAGUUUAUUAUUAUUAAACUGUAAAAAAAAAGAAGACAUUUAAAGCGUUUGGGUGCAGCAAACUGAGUGCUUUCAAAUAAAGUGCAUAUAGCA